AUGUUGCCCAGGAGGAGGGAUCGUGUGGAAGAUGUCUAUAACAGUGAUAAUCUACGACAUCUGGAGCAGAGGCUGGAUCAGCUGGAUCAGAGUAAUCAACAGAGGGAUCAAAGGUUGGAUCGUAUGAUGGAGCAGCUCACACAGCAGAUGGCUGCACUUUUGGAUAAUCAGAAUCGGAGAAACCCUAAUUCGAAUUCUGAUCGAGAGGAAACUGAAGCGGAGUCGGAAAGGGAGAAUUUUUUUGCUGAUGUUCCACGAAGACAGCAAAGGGUCCCAAUCGAGGAAGACAGGCAACGAUGGGAGACGGGCAUUCGGACCGAUAUUCCCGAAUUCCAAGGGGGUUUGCAGCCAGAAGAGUUUCUAGAUUGGCUGGCAACAGUAGAAGAGGUUUUGGAGUUCAAGGGGGUACCUGAGACUAAGCGGGUACAGGUUGUGGCGACUCGGUUGCGUGGAAGGGCGUCGGCGUGGUGGCAGCAGGUGAAACUUACCCGUAGUAGGAUGGGCAAACCGAAGAUCACGUCAUGGGAAAAGAUGAAGAAAAAGAUGAGGGCCACCUUUCUGCCCUGUAAUUUUCAGAGGAUCAUGUACCAACGCCUGCAGAACUUGAGGCAGGGCAGUAGGUCGGUGGAUGAUUACACCAAUGAGUUCUACCAAUUGGUUGCUCGUAACGAGCUUCAGGAAACCGAGGAUCAGCUGGUGGCGAGAUAUAUUGGCGGGCUGAGAGUGCAGCUACAGGACACGGUUAAUUUGUUCGACCAUGUUAACGUGUCUUCCGCCCAUCAGAGGGCCCUGAUUAUCGAAAGACAGCAGAAGCGAGCGAGCAGCGGGGCGUUCGGUGGAGGUGUUGCCAUUGCAGGAACCGGUGGGGCCGUCCAAGCUGGCGGUAGUAGUGCUGUUCCUGGACGUCCGAUGAGGCCUGCCAACAUUGGGCCGAGCAGUAGCGGGGCGAAAUGCUUCAAGUGUGGAGAGCCCGGGCAUCGGCAAUCUGAGUGUAGAAAAGGGGAAAAAAGGGCGAUAUUUAUUGAAGAGGAAUUGACUGAUGACGCAGUUUAUGUAGCUGGAGGCGAUGGAGAGGUCGAGUUUGACGAGGAGGAAGAAAUUGUGACUGGAGAUGGAGUGCCCAAUCUGGUGGUGAGAAGGUCUUGUAUGACCCCGAGAGAUGCGGAUGAAGACUGGCUGCGUAACAACAUAUUCCAGUCCACCUGCACCAUUGGAAAUAAAGUCUGUCGUUUCAUGAUAGACUCGGGCAGCUGCGAGAACAUCGUAUCUGCUGAGGCCGUGCAGAAGUUGAGCCUGCAAAGUGAGCCACAUCCCAAACCGUAUAAGCUGGCAUGGCUGAAGAAAGGAGGUGAAGUGAGUGUGUUGAAGCGCGCGUUGGUUACUUUCUCUAUUGGCCCUCGGUAUAGGGACUCUGUGUGGUGUGAUGUUGUCAUGAUGGACGCGUGUCACUUGUUGUUGGGAAGGCCCUGGCAGUUUGAUAGGAGCGUGAGCCAUGAUGGACGGACCAAUAAAUACAGCUUUACGCAUAAGGGACUAAAGAUUGUGCUGGUACCAAAUAGAGGGAGAGACGCUAUUGAGCCCGAACCUGUGAAUCCGAUUACCGUAACCAACUUGUUGUCCCUUGCCCGAUUUCAGGAGGAGUUGCAUGAUGCAGAGUAUAUGUUUGCUCUCGUGGGCAGGGAGGUUGUGGAGGACAGUCUUACGUCUUGUGAGUCCUUACCGAUCUUGAAAGAAUUUCGGGAUGUCUUUCCUGAGGAGCUGCCAAAUGGUCUACCACCCUUACGGGACAUCCAGCACCAUAUUGACUUGCAGCCUGGUGCGGCCCUUCCGAACAGACCACACUACAGGAUGAGCCCGGCUGAACAUGAAGAGUUAAGAAGACAGGUGGAGGAGCUGAUAUCCAAAGGGUUUAUUCGGGAGAGUAUGAGCCCAUGUGCUGUUCCGGCACUUCUAGUGCCUAAGAAGGAUGGAUCAUGGCGUAUGUGUGUAGACAGUCGAGCCAUCAAUAAGAUAACGGUCAGGUAUCGUUUUCCCAUUCCUCGCUUGGAUGAUUUGCUUGACCAGCUGAGUGGUGCCAGGAUUUUUACGAAGCUGGACUUGAAGAGCGGAUAUCACCAGAUUUGGAUUCGUCUUGGAGAUGAAUGGAAGACCGCAUUCAAGACUAGGGAGGGGCUAUAUGAAUGGCUGGUAAUGCUGUUUGGGCUGUCGAAUGCACCGAGUACGUUCAUGAGAGUGAUGAACCAGAUUCUGCGGCAUUUCAUUAGUCGGUGUGUGGUUGUGUAUUUUGAUGACAUCUUGAUCUACAGCGCCGACCCCGAGCAACACCUGGCCCACUUGCGUGAAGUCCUUUAUGUUCUUCGACGCGAGAAACUAUAUGCGGCGUCGAAGAAAUGUGUUUUUAUGAGGUCAGAAGUUCUUUUUCUUGGUUAUGUUGUUGCUGCUGAUGGUUUGAGGGUUGACUCAUCUAAGGUCGAGGCAGUGAGGCAGUGGCCUAGACCAACGAGCAUUACUGAAGUCAGGAGUUUCCAUGGGUUAGCCUCCUUCUACAGGCGGUUUAUUCCUCAUUUCAGCAGUAUUAUGGCUCCCUUAACUGACUACAUGAAGGGAAAUCGAUAA